AUGACGGCUACUCGGCCUCCCUCCGUCCAGUCCCAUCCCGUACCCUCCGCCUCUGCCGCCGCUGGCCCAUCCACCGUCCAUCACGAACACCGGGACAUCAAGAUCCAGUCGGACGGAAAGAUCAUCGAGACGGUCACUGUCGAGGAUACAAAGGUCGUACCCGCCACCGACGCAGACGCAGCUGUUGCAGCCGCAGCCGCUGAUCCAGCGGCACCAGGAGCAGGGGGCGGAAAGAAGAAGAAGAAGAAGAAGGGAAAGGGGAAAGCUGCUGCUGUGGCGGACGCAGACGAGGACGGGGAGGAGAUCAUCGAGGUCAUCACCACUACUACGCCCGCCGCUCCUGGCGCUCCGGCCGGUACCACCACCAACACUACCGUCAUCACCCACACCCAUCCCCCAGCUGCCGACUCAGCUCCCGUCCCUGACCCUACCCCUAACCCCAUCAUCGCCCCCGUCGCCAAAGCUCCAUCUAUAGCGCCGACUAUCCAGAUGGACAGCCACGAUCCGAAUGAUGGAGAAGAAGUUGUGAUUAGGACUGUAACAGAAACGACAACUAUCAAGCGGGUUCCAACCCCGCCUGCCGCCCCCAGCAUCCGCGCCCCCAGCAUUGCCCCUCCGCCAUCCAUCGUCCCUCCCACCGUUGCCGCUGCACCUACCUUAGCUGCUCCAGCGACCGUCAUCUCGGUGGCGCCUCCGCCUACGGUCGUCGCUGCGCCCACUGUCGCUCCACCCGCUACGGUGAUAGCAGCUCCCUCGGCGGCCCCUGCUAUCGUCACAGUUACCCACUUUGAGGCGGCGCAUACUCAUCGUGCCCCCUCCGUACGAGCCCCGUCAAUCCGGGAUCCCUCCAUCUACGCGCCCUCCGUCCGCGCUCCGAGCAUCUACCAGCCCCAUAGGGAACGGACGUACGACAAGGAGGUCGUCACCGAGGUUGUCACCGCGACCGUCACCCGCGCCCCAAAGCCCGCCACCCCAAACACCCAGCCCAUUCCUACCGUCACUCUGGCCCCGGCGCCAAGUCUUCCUCCGCUCGCUACUGUCGCGCCCGCCCCUCCCUCACCUGCUCCAAGCCACCGCUCCGACCGCUCUCAUCGGUCGCACCGGUCGCACCACCACCCGGAAGUCAUCGUCAACAUCUCGGUGCCGUCCGCCCCUGCCCCAACUGCUGCUUCUGCGCCCGUGGCGAUCCCGGAAGUAUCCAUCACCCCUCCCUCUGCACCACCUCCGCCCACCUUCAUUACCACUACCAACCUCGCUGCUGCGGCCGCCCCCGUCCCUCCCUCUCCAGCCACCUCGGUCCGGUCUCUCAAGUCCAGCUCGGGCGGGAUGAAGCUCCCCAAGUUUCUCCGGUCGACUCCAAAGGCCGGUACUAUACCGGAAGAAGGCGACGUCGUGGAGAAGAUCACGACCACCACAUACGUCACCCGCAAGCCGUCUCCGCCGCCCGCGAUGGCGCAGCAUGUCGUGCAAAAGGCGCCGAUGUAUGUGAUCACUACCACGGACUAUGGGCGUCCGGGCCAGAUCCGAACGGCCACUCGGACCGUGCCUAUAGCUGCGCCUGCUCCUCCGGCGCCACCACCUAUCCCGGUAGCUCCUCCCACUCCGGUCUCGCCUCCGCAUCAACACAACAAGGUCGUCGAGACUACUACGGUCGAGACGGUCACGUACCCCUUCCAUUCGGGCGGUACUCCACCACCUGCGCUAGCUGCGGCGGGACCUGCUGUCCAGACCAACGCGCCAGCCGAGACCACCAGGACAACGACUACCACGACGAGCGUGCCAGCUCCGGCGGCUCCGGCAGUCACGACCGGGUAUCCCAGUACGCCAUAUCGAGGGGACAUCAAGCCUAUUCCAUACUUCGACUACUCGUCUAUGAUUAAGCGCACCCCUCCCAAGCGGAACCGCCUGCUCGACUUCGCCUCGCCUUACCUGCCCCAGGUGGCCCCGCCCGUGAACCCUCAGCAAACUAUCACCACCACCACCAUCCAUCCCGACCACCACAUCACCACUUCCACUCGCGCCGUCCCCGCUCCCCUUCCUGCUGCCCCUACUCAAAUCUACUCUCAGCAGCCAUCCCGCUCUCAUACUCCCCUCCAGGCACCUACGUCCAUCCUCCAGCGCCAGCCCACCAUGCUUCCGCAGACGACUCCCGCUCCUCGUACGGUAGCCAGCAUCUCCAUGGACAUCGAUCGUGAUGUCAAUGGACACGAACACGUCCAUGCCAAGAUGCACGACUACACCCAGCUCCCUCAGAUGCAGCAGAGGCAGGAUCAGGGUCUGGGCUUGGGUGUAGGCGGAAACACGCCGGUCGUGCAGACGCAGAUUGGGCUAGCCGGGGCAGGACCAAUAAUGGAGACCAAGUCGGAGCGGAGGGAGCGGAGGAGGCUGGAGAAGGAGGAAGAGAGGGAGCGGAGGGCGGACGAGCGGCAGAGGGAGAGAGAAGCAAGGGAGCCUGCGUAUAGGCGGAUAGGAGGGUUUGCACCUGGUCCACGUUCGGAACGGUAUGCUGCGCCGAGGGAUCUGGGUGACAUUGAGAGGGCUGCGAGGGAGAGGUAUGAGAAGAAGUUUGCGCCCACGGAGGCCAAGCCGUUUGGCGGGAUGCCGGGUAUGCCUGGAUUGGGCAUGGGUAUGGGUGGGAUGCCAGGUAUGCCGGGUAUGAUGGGUAUGGGAGGUAUGAGAGGACCAACGGGACCACCGCUCUUCCCCGCUCCACCACCACUCAUGGCUCAGCGUCCGGCAAUGUACGGUCCGCCCCUCAUGCCGUCUAUGGGCAUGAUGCCGGGCUUGAUGGGCAUGGGAACGGGUAUGGGACUUGGCGGGCCGAUGGGUAUGGGCCUGGGCAUGGGCAUGGGGAUGAUGCCAGGGAUGGGGAUGGGAUUGGGGAUGCCGAACGGAAUGCCCAUGGGCAUGGGGAUGGGCGGUCCGAUGGGCAUGAGGGGUCCGCCAGGGAUGGGUGGGGGCGGGGGCAGUAUGGCGGGGAUGCCGCAGGGUAUGGGUGGGAUGGGAAUGCCUGGGAUGCCAGGAAUGGGAGGCAUGGGCCCGAUGGGCGGGCAGGGGAUGAGCGGACAUAGGGGUAUGGCUACUGUUGCUGCGAAUACCGCAGCUCAUUGA